AUGUCCCCUAUUCCUCGAAACCUUGUCAAAUUUACACAAAGAAUCCACAAUCCUGCCCUGCGAAAUCUCACCCUGACUCUUAUCGAAGAGGCUACUCGGAAGCCUGACCUCGCCCAUUUCACAAUUGCGACUCUCAAAAACACGGAUCCUGGGCCGCAUAGUACAGUUUUACUGGCAACCGAGGAGCAGUUUCAAAACAAUAAGGGCCAAACCGUUCAUAUUUACCACGAUGAUCAAGGUCACUAUGACGGCCAUACGCUUUCAGGAAAGAGAGAACAAAUCCUCAGAUGA